GGAGGGAUAAGUUUGUGUUAGGAGUGCGAACUUUAGACUGCAAUAGCUGGGUCUGUCCCUUGCACCAGAUUGGUUGAGGAUUGGAUAUCAUAUUACCGAGAUAAAAAAAAAAAUAGGAGGGCAGACAAUUGAAUAGGGCAAAGGUUAAAGAAUUUCAUAAGAAGAACUUUGAUUGAAAUAAGCUCCUGUUCCUUUAAACAAAUUUCUCUCGUCUGUUCUGUGCUGUGUUGGCGGCACCAAGUCCUUCCAACUGGAUAUUUUCUGAACUGUGCUGUAAAUGUUCGAAACUAAACUCUGACCUUACAAGCAUACAAUAAAAGUUUGUCCAAUUUUAUCACGUGACCAUCAUGUCUUUACAAUCCAAAAUUACAAGCUUAAACAGAUGUUUUGUUGUAUUAAUAUGUGCAUCCUUUCUUGGACUCCUCGCACUUGGCUAUAUAAACAGAUCCACUGAUAUGUUUCAAGUUCUACUUUUACAGAAUGCAUCAAAACCAAAUGAUUUUUUCCAAUCCGUGGUCUCUAGAUUUUCCUCAAUGCUCUUCAAUGAAGAGGCCACCAGUAAGUUGGACAAUGGUAGUCAAGAAAAUGGGCUAAGUUGUAGUUUUCCACAUUUAGACCCUUUUCACCCCAACGUAGUCCGACUAGCCAGACUGGACAGGCCUACGUUGUCAUGUACUGGGGCACUCCCAGAUCUGACCUACAUUCAAAACAACCAGCUAAUAGUCAACAAAACGAGGAUCAAAGAAAACUUUCCCUCGUCUGUCGUGACUUGUAAAUAUCAAGACGUGAUCAGAAAAUCGAAUAGAGACGUACUAUUUGCCUACAGCGAUAUCGUCAAAGAGUUUAAUAACUACAUUAAGCUUCCUUCGGAGGCGGAGUACUUUGUUGUCACGUGUGAGGAUAGGGUACGAGCCAGCACUUACUCAUCCACCUCAAAAUCUUAUUCCGGAAGUACAAGUACCAGCCACGUUACUGUGUCAUCCACACUGACACUCCCUUUGAAUCGUUCGAAUGUAAACAAUAGCAUCACUUUUAGAAUUACGUAUGCUCCGAGUACACCCCCAAAGCCCCAGAUUUUAUCCAAAACCUACUACGCACUCAUUCCAAAACUGGACAAUCUGCUUGAGACCGAGUACCUGAGAUCGCAGAAGCGGCUCAUCGAGUCAUCGCCGAAAGAAACUUUGAACGUCAUCAUGAUAGGCUUCGACGGAGUAUCUCGCUACCACUUCAUGAGAGCAAUGAACAAGACGUACAAUCUUCUCGUGAAAGACUUCCAAUCUUUCGACAUGACGAAGCACAGCCAGGUGGGCAAGAACACCUUUCCAAACUUCCUGGGUUUGUUCACAGGUCAGUCUGAAGAAGAAACACGCAAAUGGUGGGAUAGUAGAAAAAGCACGGACGAAUUUGACCUGCUCUGGAAAGAUUUUGAAAAAGCUGGAUACCGAACGUUCUUUUCCGAGGACUUUCCGAAAAUCGGUGCCUUUAAUUUCCGGUUAAAUGGAUUUUAUAAAGUCCCUACAACGUACUACAACAAGGCGUUGAGUUUCGCAUUAGAUAGUGAUAACGGUAUAUGGAAAGCUGGAAGACAUUGCAUUGGAAAUAGACCUGAAAUUCUGUUCCAGUAUGAUUAUCUGCAGCGCUUCUUGGAUGCAUUUCCCAAGAAGCCUCUUUUCUCCCUCCAGUAUUCGACUCGUAUCUCACACGACGAUGUGACCAUGCUUUCAUCAGUUGAUGAACAUGUAUUCAACUUCUACACAGAGCUUAACAGAACAGGUCAUCUCAACAAUACUUUACUGUUAACCUUCUCCGACCACGGCAUUCGCUUCGGGAAUCUCCGUUACACACACCUCGGCGAUGUGGAGAACCGAACGCCUUUUGUCCUAUACACUUUUCCAACUUGGUUUCUCAAGAAAUACCCGGAUGUAGCUCGAAAUCUCUGGACAAACACCGGACGUUUGACGACCCACUUUGACACGCAUGCUACGCUUCAAGAUCUUCUGUAUUUCAAAGCAGGCGGAUAUAGCCCAAUACAUAAAUCUAAACAUGGGAUCAGUUUGUUUCAAGAGAUUCCGAGAAACAGAACCUGCAACGAAGCUGCAAUCCCACAAGAAUUUUGUCUUUGUGGCUACCAAAAUUUGCUUAAUGUUGACGCCAAUUCUGAGCUUUCAAUGUUUCUUUCGGAAAUGGUUCUAGCUUUCUUGAAUUCAAAGAUUGACUACACCAUCUGUCAAAAUUUAACCAUUCAUAAAAUCUUGGAAGUUCUAAGACUACAUGAUGUCAAUGGUGACUCAGGAGUUGCUAAGUCUAUCUUUAAGUUAAAGGUAGAGACUGUUCCUGGCCAUGGGGUGUUUGAGGCCGUCGUGGAGUCUGUAGAAAAGAGCACUGGGAACCCCUGGCACAAGCUGUCUAAAGACAACCUUAAAGACAUUAAAGUAAAGGAAGGUGUGGACAGACUCAACAUGUAUCGUGGUCAGUCGGAGUGUGCUGAUGAUGCUAGAAUGAAAUUGUUUUGUUAUUGCAAGAAUUUAUUAAAGUCUUGAUAUUUUAAAACUAUCAUUACACAUAUACUACCAAAGUUAUCACUAUCUAAAUCCAUCUUUGCACGCAGCUGUAAUAGGUGCCUUUGGGAUGAACAAAACUUCUAUAGCGCCAACCAGAUAAAAAAGACAAAAAACAUGAAUUGACUACCUGAUAAACAAAGACAAAAACAUGAAUUGACUACCUGAUAAACAAAGACAAAAAUAUGGAUCGCCUACGCGAUAAACAAAACAAAAACAUGAAUAGCCUACCUGAUAAAGAAAGACAAAAACAUGAAUUGCCUACCUGAUAAAGAAAGACAAAAACAUGAAUUGCCUACCUGAUAAAGAAAGACAAAAACAUGAAUUGCCUACCUGAUAAAGAAAGACAAAAAACAUGAAUUGCCUACUUGAUAAACAAAGUUAAAAACAUGAACUGUUUUCCGUAUAGUUUUUUCUUUUAUUCUCACCGAGCUAGAGCGCAUUAAAACACGGGCUCAAGUCGAGGUCAUACCUGAACAGAGCUAAUUCUCACAAGCUCACAAUUGUCGCACUGCGGGGCUAAAUGAGACAUUGUGGUGGUCAUCCCGCCAUGGCUUAGAAGCUGUAAGGGAGCAUCGUAUUGGUAGAUCUGAGAUUCGGUUGAUUGCUUCUCAAUAUGGUCGCUUUGGUCCUCCCUCCUACGCCGCAUUCGGCAAGCGCAUGAUUAGCGAAAAUUGAAAACACCACACAUAAAAACAUAUAUAAAAACACAAACGUUAAUUGAUGUCCAUAAAUAUUUAUUCACUGUUAGCGUGUGUUAUUCUUCAAUAUACCAUACAUUAGUGAGAAAGUGUGUUAAGUGGCUUCAUAUAUUGUUGCUAUGGUGAUAUAUAAAUUACAAUGUAAAGUGCCAGAUAAUUUGGGGUUUUGAAUAGAAUUUGUGUGCAAUGCACAUAUAAAUGCAUUUAUUGCGAUGAUAUAUAUAUUACGGCAUGUCAUAUUUUUGUGAAGAAAGAUGUAUAUUUGUAAUUUUUAUCUUAUAUCCCUUAUUAAGUAUGCAUAUUUUGUAACAAAAAUUUCUUUUUGAAAUGUGUAGAUCCGGUUUUAAAGUGAGGAUGGCUUGGACGUCUAUACAGACUUCCACUGCUGUCAAUAUAAUGUAACACCAAACACCAACUGAAGCUAUUUGUUUAUUCCAAGAACAAGAAAGAUAUAAUAGUUUAUUCUGUAGUACUUGAACAAGUACUUAGUCUUGUCUAGAGGCAAAAUUCCAUUUUGUUUUCAAAACAUCUAUUACUUUGCUUCUUUACGCUGUUACGCCAUUCAGAUUAUUGGUAUUGGGAACAUAAGGCCUAGGCAUAAAGAUGAUCUUUUUCUAACAGGCAUGACUACUAUUGGUAUUUAGUUCCCUUGAACGUCGUUAUCAAGCUUGAAUUGUUUCCCUUGAAAUACAUCAUUGAGUAUUAUUCGUAUUAUUUAAAAUAAUAGUAUAAUAAUAAUAAUAUUAAUAAUAGUAUAAUAUAAUAAUAAAUAGUUCAUUCAGCGACUACACACAGGCAUCUUGGUGCUUUUCAUGUUCCCUUAUUAACGAGUGGCGGUGAUAUAGUCUGACCGAGUUAGGUACGAACGAGUUUUUGUAUCGCUCUGUUCUCUGGUGUAGCCGGUGGCCGUUGUCUUCCAAGUUUUUUUUCUUUUAUUUUCCUUAGACACUUUUGUUCAAAAAGUUCCUUUAAAUAUGGUAAUGUUGUGAGUGUAAUUUUUGAUGCCCUUUUUAUGAUGUUUUCUAGGCGGCGCAACAGUCUCGAUGAAGCGUUGCCUUGCCAACAAGUUAUUCCGUAUGUUAGCAGAUUUUGUAUAGUCGCGCCGCAAAAAGAAUCUAGGAUCUUCUUGGUUAGUUUAAACUUUAAAGCUUUUGAGUUUGUAUAAAAAAAAUAGAAAAAAAAAACUGGUUAGAUUCAUUCAAAAUGUGGGGGUUCUUAAUGCCCCUCCCUGUGUAAAAUAUACAAAGUGAAAACAUUAUUAUAGGUAGACUAUGUAGUAGCUCUGUGUUUUCAUCAGUUGUUUUCAAAGCUUGUCCUUUUGCUGGUAAUCGAAAUUAAAGGGUGUGAAGUUCGUAGACUUCUCGAUGUUAUUUCAUCCAUUCUCGGCUAUUUUACGUUGGGUUUUUUGCCACUAGAAAUUGUAAUACAAGUUAUAACAAGAAUAUUUUUUCAUAAACUGUUUUAUAUGUUAGAAUAAGAAAUAAAGAUUUAGUUAUAUAA